CCAAGAUGGCCGCCCCAAUUCUCAUCAGCGCCAACAGGCAGCAGCGUUCGACGCGGCGUCUACUCUUUAUAUGUCUAUGUUAGCAUUUCUUUUCUCUGUCGAGGCUAACAGCUAACAGGCUAACAGCUAGCAGGCGGAUGUUUUCGCGCUCAGGUUUAUCGGUAACUUGUACUUUUAUGCGGUUAUCUAAAUAUUUUCAGUCAGCGGAAGUUGUGACGUUGCACCGUUUCCGUGACAGCCGCCGGUUGAACGUCCUCUCCCGGGGCGGACCGGCUCCUCCGCCCGGCGGUCACCGCGCAGGAAGCUCCUCCACAAACACACUGAUGCCGAAAAAACAGAAACAGGUCAAAGGUCCGCCGGCUGGUGGUGGAGCAGCCGAGGCUGAAGCUUCCUGUCCGGUGGCUCGAGACAAAACCGGAGCUGUGACCAUAACUGUGCACGCCAAGCCCGGGUCCAAACACAGCAGCAUCACAGAAGUCUCUGCAGAGACGGUGGGAGUCGCCAUCGCAGCUCCGCCAACAGACGGAGAAGCAAACACAGAGCUCAUCCGCUACCUGGCUGAAGUUCUGGAGCUGAAGAAAAGUCAUGUAUCUCUUGACAAGGGCUCCAGGUCCAGAGACAAACUCAUCAGAGUCGACUCCUCUCUCAGUCCAGAGGAGGUGCUGAGGAGGCUCAGACAGGCUGCAGGCUGACAGGAGGACAGAGGGUGGAGGAGGCUGCAGGCCUGCAGGAGGACAGAGGGUGGAGGAGGCUGCAGGCCUGCAGGAGGACAGAGGGUGGAGG